AUGCCGCCUCCCGUUGAAGAUUUCUCAGACGCAGAGUCUGGCGACGUCCCAUUUGCCAAGGAAGAACUUAAGGAAGAAGUUGAGAAAGAAGUAAAGGCGAAAGUCGAAAACGGGGACGAGGACGAGGAUAGCGAUGAUGGUGACGAUGAGGACGUAUACAUCGUUGAGAAGAUCGCCGAGCACAACUUUUCCGAAGAAGGAGUUCUUCUCCUCCGUGUGAAGUGGAAAGGGUAUGAGAAGGCAGCAGAUAUGACAUGGGAGCCAGAAGAUGGUCUGAUGGACGGCGCGAAGGAUGUUGUGGAGCAGUACUACAAGAAGAUCGGUGGACGCCCGGACAAGCCCUCGUCAAAGGCCGCUCCAAAGGCAGGUCGCAAACGCAAAUCUUUGGGAGAAACCAAGUCAACAGCACCCCCAGCUUCACAAAAUGAAUCCAAGAAACGUCGAAAGUCAGCCCCAAGAACUCCUGCUUCGGAGACACCGGCUUUGACCGAGGACAACAGCGACGAAGACACGGAGAACUGGCUGCCAAAGGGUAACAACUGGGACAGGGAAGUGAAUUGCGUCGAUACUAUUGUUCGCGGUGAAGACAACAAAACUCUAUUCGCUUUGUUAUUGUGGACCAAUGGCAAGAAAACCAAGGUGUCCGUGGAGACAUGCUAUGACAAAUGCCCCAAGAAGAUGCUUAGGUUUUAUGAACAGCACUUGGUCUUUAAGGAUAACGAGAGCUAG